GGGAGGCAACAGUGCAGAUGAGCCCCAGUGAGCAGCGGCCGGGUCCUCUUUCAAACACACACACGCCGUCACACACACUGCGCUCUACAUCCCCCACACACGAAUGCCAGGACACUCUUACUCAUGCAAUCCAGUAACGAGAACAGCAUCAGUCCGAGCCGCCUGCUGCCGCCGCCGCCGGCAGCCCUCUCCGCGCCGCUUCCACGAGACACAAAGCUGGGAUCCCGCUGGGAGAGCAGCUCCUGAUGCCUUUGUAGCGCAAAGCGGAGCCGGGCUCCUCGCUUGGGGAUUCAACAGCAGCACAGAGAGGAGGAGACGGAGGGGAGGGAAGGUGGGUGCAUGCAGCUCAGUCCAGCCGCCGCCGCCGCCGCCGCCGCUGGAGGUGGACGACAUCAAGGCGAGUCUGAGGGGACGGAGGGGUAGCGUCUCUCUUCCGCACCGAUCCGGGCGGCGUGGAUGCGACCGGGGCACCUCCAGGCUGACAGAUGUAGAGGCAGCGCGGGGCAACUUCUAGUCCUGGGAGCCGGGCCCAGUGAAUCGGCCCCAGACGGGGGCAGGACUAAGCAGUAGACGGGUUGACCAUGGAGGUGAGAAUGGGCCGGGAUGCAGGCUGCCUGCUGCCCGUCCUGUUCCUGCUGCUGAUGACCACAGCGCCACCCGCCCAGAGCCAAGGAUGCCCUCAACGCUGCGACUGCGUUGCACGGCUCAAGAGCGUGUCGUGCUUCGGGAAGCGGCUGUCGGCGCUGCCCGACGGCAUCCCGCAGGACACCAAGGUCCUGGACCUGUCUGGGAACAAACUCCGCUGGGUGGAACACAGCGACUUGCUCCCGUAUCCUCGUCUGGAGAAGUUGGACCUGAGUGAAAACAUGAUCAGCGUUCUGGAACCCAAUGCCUUUUCCAACCUGCAGAACCUGCAGUCGCUGUCACUGCGGGGGAACCAACUGAAGCUGGUCCCCAUGGGGGCCUUCUCCCGCCUCUCCAACCUAACUGCACUGGAUCUCAGUGGGAAUAAGAUUGUUAUUCUUUUGGACUUUACUUUCCAAGACCUGAAAAGUCUAAAGAACCUGGAGGUUGGAGACAAUGAUCUGGUUUAUAUUUCCAACAAAGCCUUCCUGGGCCUAGUGGGGCUGAGGGAGUUGACUAUCGAGAGGUGCAACCUGACCUCUGUGUCCAGCCAGUCCUUGUCUUACCUCCAUAACCUGGUGACUCUGCGGCUUCGCUACCUCAGUAUCUCCGCCUUAGAGGACCAAAACUUCCGUAAGCUGGGGAACCUGAGGGGGCUGGAGAUCGAUCACUGGCCCUUUCUGGAGUACAUCUCCCCCCACAGCCUGCAGGGUCUCAACUUGUCCUGGUUGUCCAUUACGCACACCAACAUCACCUCUGUGCCCACCUCUGCCCUGCGCAGCCUGGCUCACCUCACCAGCCUCAACCUCUCCUACAACCCCAUCUCUGUGCUGGAGUCCUGGGCACUGCGGGACCUCGUGAGGCUGAAGGAGCUGCAUAUGGUCAACACCAACCUGGCAGUAGUGCAGCCAUAUGCUCUGGGAGGCCUGAGACAAAUCCGCCUUCUCAACUUUUCCACCAACAGCCUGGUGACGCUGGAGGAGGCCGCCUUUCAGUCCGUCAACUCUCUAGAAGUUCUGCGUCUGGACGGGAACCCUCUGGCCUGCGACUGCCGCCUGCUCUGGAUCCUCCAGCGGAGGAAGACCCUCAACUUCGACGGCGUCCCCGUGUGCAUGACGCCCGUGGAGGUGCAAGGGCGAGCUCUCAACGCGUUCUCCGACUCGGCGCUCUUCGACCACUUCACCUGUCAGAAGCCCAAAAUCCGCAACAGGAAGCUGCAGCAGGUGUCGGCCCGCGAGGGGCAGGUGGUGUCGUUCGUGUGCAGGGCCGAGGGUGAGCCGACGCCGGUCAUUUUCUGGAUCUCCCCGCAGCGACGGCGCAUCACCACCAAGAGCAGCGGCCGCCUGACCGUGUUGCCAGAGGGCACGCUGGAAAUCAGGUACGCCCAGAUAACCGACAGCGGGACCUACAUCUGCAUCGCCAGCAACGCCGGGGGCAACGACACCUACUUCGCUACGCUCACAGUCAGCGGGCUGCCUCUGGAUGCAGUGCUCCUGGCCAACCGCACCUACUACACAGGGGACCUCAACGACACCAACCUGAACGACACCAGGGUCUUCUUGAAGUUCACUCUGGACCUCAAGACCAUCCUCAUAUCCACAGCGAUGGGCUGCAUCAUGUUCCUGGGCGUGGUGCUGUUCUGUUUCAUUCUGCUGUUCGUGUGGAGUCGAGGGAGGGGUCAGCACAAGAACAACUUUUCGGUGGAAUACUCCUUCAGGAAGGUGGACGGACCUGCAGCCAGUGGGGGACAAGGCGGCGCUCGCAAGUUCAACAUGAAGAUGAUUUGAUUCGUCCCUCGUUCGCAUUCUGUUUACAAGCAGUCUUAACGUCACGGAGGAACAAAAACACUGCAGUGGACGUCUGCGUUUGCAGAACAACAGCGUAAAUCCUGUAUAGGGCAUUGAGCGAGACAAGGUUUUGUUAUUAAAAAAAACAAUCAAAUCUGUACGGUUUUGAUAUGGUGUUAUUGUAUUUUUACAGCUCCACUGUUCACAUGUUCUUGAAUAGACUGUUUAAAGACCAACGUAACAAACACCUGGAGUCGUCUAACCUCUCGCCAAUGACGUUCUUCUUUUGACUGUGAAGAGACGCUGCCGUCCUCAAGGACUGAGGCCGUGCGAGCCCUCGGCCUCCAAAGUCAUGAAAACACCCUGGGCGGUGCUCCGUGAAUGCCAAGGACUUGCCAAUGCGUUUAGAACAGUUCCAGCUACAUACUGCAAGUUUAGACUCAGCUGCAGUCGAUAGAGCACUAUUAGGACGUAGAGAAACUCACCACUGUACGCUCUGCAACACUGCCAACGUAGUUUUCCUUACUGUCAGAUCAAAUCUGGGUAAAGCUACAAAUUAAGGUUUGUGUCCAAUCAGUCUCAGCCCAUGCAGAUUCACAGUUUAGAGGUUUUUCAUUAGAUUAUUCAGUCCAUCCUGAGCAAGAUUCCUUUUGGCCUUUAUCUAAAAAAGGGGCGACCACAUGUACAGAGGCGACUUCUUAUUUCAAGAUGUGUAUAAUUUGUAAAUGAAACAUUUGUUGGGGUGCGUUUACCCUAAAGUUGUACGUUCUUCUGUAUCUAUAAGUAGAAAAUAUAAUGUAUACUGUAAGAUGUAUUAUAUAAUUUGUAAUUAUUUAAAUCCUUGUUGAUGUUUAUACUGUUAUACUGUUUAGUAAUCGAUCAUGUUUUCCUGUUCUACGGUAGUUCUACUGUUAAAGAUUUCUUCUUCAUUGUGGUGAUAUCCAGUCCAGUUAUGCUUCAUUUGACGGCUUUUGUAGUCUAAUUGUGUCGUGACAUCAGAUGAGGACACGUCUGCUCGUUCCCUAAGAUCACACAGCAGAUCAUAAAGGCUUCAGUUCAUCACCCAGUCCUUUUUGAAUAAAUGACAAUAGGGAGGUUUUACCGGCGCUGGGAAAAAAAUGCUAAUGUGAUGAGGCCCGUGCAGACUGGAACACAGGUCGUGAUGAAGCUAAGCCACAGAGGUGAGGUGUUCUAGGAAGACGAUGACACUGCAACCACAGGCUGGAGAAUAACUAGUAUUAACAACGUACAUGCUGAUGGGGAUUUCACUAGGCAGCUUCACAAUGUAACCAGUGGCAGGAGAUUAUUUUCCCCAUUAUUUUCAGAUAACAUUUGAAGAGGAAGGCAACAGGUGAGCUGCCAGUACCAACCACACUUAUGUCAUAGCCUUGGGUGUGAGCUGUGUAGAAACUGAGCUGCACUCUGCUUCCUCUGCUGCCCUCUGCUGGCAACAUCUGGUAUUGAAUCAUCACUGAAACACAAUACUAUCAAUCUGCAGCACAACAUUUCUUAAAAUGAAAUUAUUGUGAUAUUAGAAGUGAAAUAAAAGAAAGGAGCCUCUCUAUGGACAGUACAUAUGGACUCUACUUGCUCAUGGACUGACCUGACCUGCUCAGCAUCCUCUCUUUGCUUUUAAAAUGCUUUUCCGUUGUCCCGUGUUUAACUCACCCUGUAAAUAAUGACUCCAUUGUGUCUGGAAGUUGUGCUAGAUGUUUUAUAUGACAAAGAAGCACACUGUUUAUAAAGCAUGCUGUUUAUCUGCCACGACGAUGUCUUGUCCCAUGUCACGUUUCUAUUGCAUCCAGUCUCUCAGCCUUUAAGGUUGCAGGCUGAGAAGUGGACCUAUAGGCUACAAUACGUCGUGACCCUGUCACUGUGACAUUCAAUGUUGUGGACUGUUAUGCUGAUCUGUUUUAGUUUUUUUACAGUGGUUUGGCAUACUUUCAUUUGAAGAAUGAAUUCAGUCAGAUGGCCGUUCUUGCCAUGAUUCACAUUUAUUCUAUAGGUAGGUGCAUAUAUUUGCUCUUGAGGGGUAUUAAUGUUCAUUUUCUAUGCAGACACAAGUUACAAAAAAAUAAAUAAAAUUUUAUAAGCAGA